UCAAGUUUGCUCAGUUCAGGUCUUCUAAAAUGUCAGAAGAUAUGCGUGAAGUCCGUGAAAGUUUGGAAACCACCUCUGCUUCUUCUAGUGAAUCGAUUACACGAAUAGCAUAUCUCCGUCAACGCUAUUUGGUGACUUUUAUGAUUAUGUUUAUAACAAUCAACUGCUACACAAACCGUGCUAUUAUCACCGAAACCAUCGAAUUUUUCGCUGAAGUAACACGCUCAAGAAAUAGCACUAAACACAAGAAUCAUCAAUGUUUGGAACUACAACCACUCCUUGAAAAAAAAUCGUCACUAAACUUUACAAAAAUUUUCAAAAUAGACAGUGAGACCAGCGACAGCAUCCAGGACCUAUUCUACCUCAGCUACACCCUUACACACUUUCCGGGCGGCAUUUACGCCGACUCGCGCAACCCCAAACACCUACUCUCCCUUGUAACCGUCGCAUGCUCUUUUAUCAAUAUCCUAAGUCCCUCAAUUAUCAAAAUAACCAAAGGCAAUCACCAUGUGAUGCGAGCCGUGGCUAUACUUCUGGGCACUUUCCAGGGGGCUAUAUUCCCCUCAACGUUAAACAUGAUGGCACAUUGGGCCCCCUUGCGAGAGCGAGCUUCUUUAAUGUCGUUAAAUCUCGCCGGGUUUUUCCUGGGGCUUGUUGCAAGCAAAAGUGGGACAAAGUUACUUGUAAAAUCAUCCGGAGAUUGGACGACGCCGUUUUAUGUUUUCGGGGCUAUAGGAGUUUUUUUGGCUCUGAUUUGGGAGCUGUGGGUGUUUCAGGAUCCUCAUCACGAUCCGAGGAUCACGCCAGAGGAGAAGGAGUACUUGGAUGUGGAGAUGCGCGGCCUUGUGGACCACAACCCCAAGAGAAUCCCCUACUUUGCCAUGUUCACAUCCUUCCAAGUCUGGAUCCUGAUCCUAGUGCACGCUGCCAACCGUGGAAUCUGGCAUUUCACCGGUAUGAUGACUCCAGUCUACACCAAAGAUAUUCUAAAAUACGGAAAUGACCAAAUUAAUUUAAUGUCCACUCUCCCCUAUAUCCCAAUGACGGUUUUAAUCAUCGCCUUGGGUUAUUUCUCCGACUGGAUCACUCGAAACGGUUACGUUUCUGUUUUAACGAUGCGGAAGGUCUUCACUAGCCUUGGCAUGAUGGGACCGCCCAUUUACAUGCUAACCGGGUCAUAUGGGGGUUGUGACCGCUUAGGUGCGGUGAUUAUUUUUGUCAUUGGAAUGACACAGUUUGCUUUUGCAUACCUGGCUCUCUACCUAAUCCCCAUGGAUUUGUCGCCCAACUACACCGGAUUUUUGGCGAGUCUUACCAAUGGUUUUGGCAACUUUGGCGGUUUCUUUUUCAAGAAGUUUUCAAUGUGGGUGGCUCCUGAUAAAACAAUUCAUCAAUACAGGGAUCUGUUUUGGGUUUCGGUGCUUAUUGCCAUGAUCUCCAAUUUGGUUUAUGUGAUUUUUUGUAACGUCAAGGUACAGUCCUGGAACAGGCCGUUAGUAAAAAGGAAAUAAAAUCUUUAUUAAAAUUAGUUUGUUUUUGACUUAAUCGUUU